ACACUUUUUUUCUAGUAAAUUCCUCUCUAUAUAUUCUAUUCUCUAUGGUAGAUUACCUUCUCACCAAAAAUAUAAACCAAGAUUGCUUGGAGAACUUUUUCAGUCUUCUACGUUCGUUUGGAACCUCACAUCCUGGACCUGUAGAUGUCAUGCAGAAAAUCAAACUCAUCUUGGUAGGAGCAAACCCAAAAAAUGCUCUCAGUGUCAGUAAUCCUUCAGUAGAGAUGGAGACACCCCAAGGAAGUGAAGAAAAGAAUACAGAAUUUGUUUCUUCAUUGAUUUCUUCCCAGAUUCUAGAUGAAGAUAAACAGAAUGAGAUAUUGCAGCCUGGUAUUAUUCUACUAGAGGACCAAGUUAAGGUUCAAACCCUAGACCAGUUGGGUCAGUUGCAGAAGAAAUCUGCAAAUGAGGCAGUAAGUUACAUUGCCGGAUAUAUUGCAAAGAAUAUGUGUAACAAAGUUGAAGGCCUCAUAUCUGAAACCACAACCAGUAGCUGGAUUAAGCUUAAAAAUCAGGGAUCACUGUUUUCCCAAGCAAGGAGCUUGUGGAAAGUAUUCACCAUUAUGAAGAAGUUUUUGUCAGUGUACACGUUGGAAAUAUAUGUAGGCAACCAGAUCCUAUGGGAAGAACAACAGAGGCCAUUCUGAAGAUAGACCAGACCUGGCCAAAACUCGUAGUGGACCUUUUUGUUAAAAUACGCUUUAUUCAACGUUUAAGAGUUUUGAACUCUCAGCUCAAGGAAAAACACAAAACCAAUUGUGUAAGAAAUUUUAAGCAAAAAGCUCAGUUUAUUUUUUGAAUAAAUUUGUCUAAAUAUAA